CCCCUUUUCAAUAAAAGCAUGAUAUGGGAGGCACACAGAGCACAGAACAAGGACGUCAUGGUUUCCACGUAUUAAAGGUCAAAGAGAAUUCACCCGCGUUUCUUGCCGGCAUUGAGCAGUUCUUCGAUUAUAUUAUCAGCAUAAAUGGCACUUCUCUGGAAAACGGCGACAGUCAGAUUCUGUUAAAGACGUUGGAAGAGUCCAAAGAUAACCCCGUGACUCUGCAAGUGUAUUCGAGUAAGGAAGAUGCCAUUCGAGAGGUGGUCAUUACUCCUAAUGACCAAUGGCAUACCGAUCCAAACGAAAAAAGCUUAUUAGGUUGUUCAAUACGCUUCUGUACUUAUGAACGUGCGGGCGAACAUGUAUGGCACAUCUUGGAGGUACUUCCGAAUUCACCGGCUGAAAUGGCAGGCCUUAUUCCAGAAAGCGAUUUUAUCAUCGGCAGUCCACACACUGUUCUGAGUAGUGAAGAUGGAUUCUACAACUUGGUAGAUCAGCAACUGGGAAAGCCAUUGCGCUUGUAUGUUUACAACACUGAAUGGGACAGCUGUCGUGAAGUGAUUAUUAUUCCCAACAAUGAAUGGGGAGGAGUGGGUUCACUCGGCUGCGACGUGGGUUAUGGAUUAUUGCAUCGAAUUCCUCAACGAUUACCUGCCCAGGAAGAUACUGGCAAAGCCGGUGAAAGCGUUAGCAGCGACACCAAUUUCAGUUCUGCCGAUUUUGUCGAUCAUUCUACAGCGCGAGCAAGCGAAUCAAAUACAUCGCAAGUCCACUCACUCGACGACAAUACCACGACUCGCUCAUUAUCGCAGGAACACGCUCUGAAAGAAGCACAAAACACCGCAUUGCCUGAAUCGCCUCAGCUCGAUCAUCGAGACGCCUCUGUGCGACAAUCCUCAGAAGCGUAACUUGGCUUUGUCUUGUACCCAGAGUAUCCAACUGUACUAUAUGUUGAAUUACAAAAAUAAACACAACAGUGAUCUGAAAAUGAGACGCAAAAUAUGAUCAUUUGACUGAGGGAUGACCCC